CCGGCCGCCACCGCCGCUGCCCGCCCGGCGCCGCCCGCGCCCGGGCCGCGGAGCGCCAUGUCGUCGGAGGAGCCCCGCGCCGAGCCGCCCGAGGAGCCGUGCCCGGCGCCCAGCCCCGCCGCAGACAAAAGACCGCGGGGCCGGCCGCGCAAAGAUGGCGCCGCCCCGGGCCCGCGCGCCCGCAGGAAGCCUCGAAGUAGAGGAAAAACUGCGGUGGAAGAUGAAGAUAGUACGGAUGGGCUGGAGCCAGCAGAGACAGAGAACGUUGUGGAAACAGAAAUCAAAGAGCAGUCUGCCGAGGAGGACGCCGACGCCGAGGUGGACGGCUGCAGGCGGCCCGCCCUGGGCCUGCCACGCGCGGGGGCCGAGGAGCCCGCCAGCUCCCUGGUGUCUGUCGGAGUGGAAGCCAAAAUCAGCGAGCAGCUCUGCGCCUUCUGCUACUGCGGCGAGAAGAGCUCCCUGGGACAAGGAGACCUGAAGCAGUUCCCGGUGACCCCCGGCUUCCAGCCGUCCCUCCGCAAGGACCUGGAGGACAGCAGCGCCGGCGAGAAGAUGCCCAGCCCCCCGGCCCGGCGGCCCCGAGGCCCCAGGAAAGAACCGUCCCCUGCGCAGCGCCCGGCGCCGUGCGUGAGUGUCAGCACCCAGACGCCCCCCGAGGACCAGGCCGGGAAGCUGUGGGACGAGCUCAGCCUGGUGGGCCUGCCCGACGCCAUCGACGUCCGCGCCUUGUUUGACCCCACAGGCACCUGCUGGGCUCACCACCGCUGUGUGGAGUGGUCACUGGGCGUGUGCCAGGUGGAGGAGCCUCUCCUGGUGAACGUGGACAAAGCUGUCGUCUCAGGGAGCACAGAGCGAUGUGCGUUUUGCAAGCACCUUGGAGCCACCAUCCGCUGCUGUGAGGAGCGCUGCACCCAGAUGUACCAUUUCCCGUGCGCCGCCAGCGCCGGCACCUUCCAGGACUGCAGGCACUUCUUCCUCCUCUGCCCCGACCACAUCGACCAGGCUCCGGAGAGAUCCAAGGAAGACGCCAACUGUGCCGUGUGUGACAGCCCCGGGGACCUCCUAGACCAGUUCUUCUGCACCACUUGUGGUCAGCACUACCACGGGAUGUGCCUGGACAUAACCGUCACUCCGCUGAAGCGCGCAGGCUGGCAGUGCCCCGAGUGCAAAGUGUGCCAGAACUGCAAACAAUCGGGAGAAGACAGCAAGAUGCUGGUAUGUGACACGUGUGACAAAGGUUACCACACCUUCUGCCUUCAGCCAGUCAUGAAGUCCGUGCCCACCAACGGCUGGAAAUGCAAAAAUUGCAGAGUCUGUGUCGUCUGUGGCACACGGUCCAGUCCCCAGUGGCACCACAAUUGCCUGGUAUGUGACAGCUGUUACCAACAGCAGGAUAACCUGUGUCCUUUCUGUGGGAAGUGCUACCAUCCAGAGUCCCAGAAGGACAUGCUGCACUGUAACAUGUGCAGGAGAUGGGUUCAUUUAGAAUGUGACAAACCAACAGAUCAUGAACUGGAUUCUCAGGUCAAAGAAGAAUACAUCUGCCUGUAUUGUAGACACCUAGCGGCUGAGAUGGACCCUUUCCAGCCGGGUGUCGGCCUGGACAUGACGGGAAUCCCCUCAGAUUAUAGCAAUGACAUGGAAGUAGACGGCCCCGAGGACCAGGCGGUGCUCCUGAGGCGCGCGCUCGGCGAGGACGCCGUCGCUGGUCACGUGGCCGGGCAGGAGGCCGCGCCUGGAAUUGUUCCAGAUGCAGUGCAGGUCCCCGUGGGAGAGCAGCUCGGGAGAGAAGGACCGCUGACCCUCGGCCCUGCUGCUGAAUCAUCUCAAGACGAAAUGAAUCCUGAGUUGGAAAACCAGACUUCUCACGAAGUGGCUGGUGAGCGAGUGGGCGUGUCCCCUCACGCUGAGCCCGUGUGUCCCGGCGACCAGAGUGAGAACAAGAUGGAAGUGACAGAAAACUUGGAAAUCUUCGGGCACCAGAUUGUACCGCAACACGGGGAGCUGAGCUCGUCCGAGGCCCCGCGGACGGUGGCCCCCGCCGAAGCACCAAGGCCUCCCGAAGCUGCCGCGGCGGACCCGCCGGAAGCCCCCGGGGCCCCGUGCGGCGACAGGGCUGCCGUGUGCUCCCAGGACCCACCGGCACCUGGCGAAGCAGCACCACGAGAAAGCACAGACGCCUCCGCCGGGACGAGUCCCCCCGCGGAGAGUGCAGUGAGGGACGGGCCGUGCCUCGAGGCCGUACCGGCCCCGCUGCCCUCGGGGGCCGAGCCGGCACUGCCAGCUGCGGCGGACUUGGGCAAGGCCAGCGCGUCUUCCUCCCCGCCACCCCCGGCCGACUUGCCCGGGCCCGACGUGCCGCAGAGUGACCCUCCCGCCCUCAGCGCGCCCGCCGGGAGCGUGCCGGCAGCCUACAUCGCGGUCACUCCCAAGAUCGGCAUGGGCAAGCCUGCCAUCACCAAGCGGAAGUUCUCCCCGGGAAGACCCCGGUCCAAGCAGGGGGCAUGGAGCGCCCACCGCGCCCUGAGCCCGCCUCCCUGGGCCCCCGACAUUUCAGAAGGCCGGGACAUUUUUAAACCCAGGCAGCUUCCUGGCGGUGCCAUUUGGAGCAUCAAAGUGGGCCGCGGGGCCGGAUUCCCAGGGCGCCGGAGACCGCGAGGCGCCGGACUUGCGGGACGUGGCGGCAGAGGCCGGUCCAAGUUGAAAAGUGGCCUCGGGGCCGUGGUGCUGCCUGGGGUGUCGGCCGCAGACCUGGCGUCCAGCAAGGAGGAGGAGGAGAACUCCAUGCACAACACCGUCGUGCUCUUCUCCAGCAGCGACAAGUUCACGCUGCACCAGGACAUGUGUGUGGUGUGCGGCAGCUUCGGCCAGGGCGCCGAGGGGCGGCUGCUGGCCUGCUCGCAGUGUGGCCAGUGCUACCACCCCUACUGCGUCAGCAUCAAGAUCACCAAGGUGGUGCUGAGCAAGGGCUGGCGGUGCCUGGAGUGCACCGUGUGCGAGGCCUGCGGGAAGGCCACGGACCCCGGGCGGCUGCUGCUGUGUGACGACUGUGACAUCAGCUACCACACCUACUGCCUGGACCCGCCCCUGCAGACCGUCCCCAAGGGAGGCUGGAAGUGCAAAUGGUGUGUGUGGUGCCGGCACUGUGGAGCCACGUCUGCCGGCCUCAGGUGCGAGUGGCAGAACAACUACACGCAGUGCGCGCCCUGCGCCAGCCUGGCCUGCUGCCCUGCGUGCGGCCGCGACUACCGCGAGGAGGACCUCAUCCUGCAGUGCCGGCAGUGCGACAGAUGGAUGCAUGCGGUCUGUCAGAACUUAAACUCUGAAGAGGAAGUGGAGAAUGCGGCCGACAUGGGCUUCGACUGCAGCAUGUGCCGACCCUACAUGCCCGCGCCCAAUGUGCCUUCCUCGGACUGCUGUGAAUCUUCACUUGUGGCACAGAUCGUCACGAAAGUGAAAGAGCUGGACCCCCCCAAGACCUACACGCAGGACGGCGUGUGCCUGACAGAGUCGGGGAUGACGCAGCUGCAGAGCCUGGCAGUGGCCGUGCCCCGCCGGAAGCGCUCCAAGCCCAAGCUCAAGCUCAAGAUCAUCAACCAGAACAGCGUGGCCGUGCUCCAGACCCCACCCGAUGCCCAGUCCGAGCACUCGCGCGACGGCGAGAUGGACGACAGCCGAGAAGCAGAACUCAUGGACUGUGAUGGGAAAUCCGAGUCGAGCCCCGAGCGGGAAGCUGCCGAUGAUGAAACGAAAGGAGCGGAAGGAGCUGAGGGUGUUAAGAAGCGGAAAAGGAAACCUUACAGGCCAGGUAUCGGCGGAUUCAUGGUGCGCCAGAGAAGCCGGACCGGCCAGGGCAAGGCCAAGAGAGGCGUCGCCCGCAAGGACUCCUCUGGCUCCAUCCCCGAGCAGCGGCCCUGCCGGGAGGACGGCUGGAGUGAGCAGUUGCCAGAUGCUGUCGUCGACGAAUCUGUUUCUCUUACUGAGAACACUGAGAAAAUAAAGAAGAGAUACCGGAAAAGGAAAAAUAAGCUGGAAGAAACUUUCCCUGCCUACUUACAAGAGGCUUUCUUUGGGAAAGACCUUCUCGACACAAGCAGACAGAAACUGCCGCUGGAUACCCUCUCAGAAGACGCCGCUCAGCUUCCGUAUAAAACAAACCUGGGCGUGGGCUUUUUGGACCCACCCUUAGAUCCACUCCUCAGUUCAUCUUCGACUCCAGCCAAACCCGGAACUCAGGGCUCUGCUGACGACCCGCUGGUGGAUAUUUCCGAAGUAUUAAACACGGACGAGGACAUCCUUGGCAUCAUCUCCGAUGACCUUGCGAAGUCAGUGGACCCUUCAGGUCUUGGUUUGUGCACUUUCCAGGGUGAGAGCACACCUUUCCCAUUUGCCGGGCUGGACGUCGGUCCUGGCGCUGACGCCCCUUCCUCUCUGCCUCAGCCGAGUGUCACCCCGAGCUCUCGACCUCUGAGCGCAGAGCAGCUGGACGGGCUCCUGAGUCCUGAGCUGGACAGGAUGGUCGCCGACGGGGCGAUCCUCGGGAAGCUGUACAAGAUCCCAGAGCUCGGCGGCAAGGACGUGGAGGACUUGUUCACGGCCGUGUUCAGCCCCGUGACGGCGCAGCCGCCCCCGCCCGCGGCCCCGCAGCUGCUGCCCCCGCACAGCCAGGAUGUCUUCUCCCGGAUGCCGCUCAUGAACGGCCUCAUCGGGCCCGCGCCUCACCUCCCGCACAAUUCCCUGCCUCCGGGAAACGGCCUGGGAACCUUCUCUCCGUACGCGGACACCCGGGACAAAAAUCCAGCAUUUAAUUCCAUGGCAAAUGAUCCUCACAGCUCGUGGGCAGCGUCCACCCCCGCCGUGGACGGCGACAGUGACACCAUGUCCAAUGCGCAGAGAAGUAGCCUGAAGUGGGAGAAGGAGGAGGCCCUGGGCGAGAUGGCCACGGUCGCCCCAGUGCUCUACACGAACAUCAACUUCCCCAGCCUCAAGGAGGAGUUUCCUGACUGGACCACCAGAGUGAAGCAGAUCGCGAAGCUGUGGAGGAAGGCCAGCUCGCAGGAGAGAGCGCCAUACGUGCAAAAAGCGCGCGAUAACCGGGCCGCUUUACGCAUCAAUAAAGUGCAGAUGUCCAACGAGUCGGCGAAGCGGCAGCAGCAGGAUGGCCUGGAGCCCGGCGCCCGCUCCGAUGCCGACAUCUUCAAGGACCCACUCAAGCAGCGCGAGUCGGAGCACGAGCAGGAGUGGAAGUUCCGCCAGCAAAUGCGGCAGAAGAGCAAGCAGCAGGCCAAGAUUGAGGCCACGCAGAAGCUGGAGCAGGUGAAGAACGAGCAGCAGCAGCAGCAGCAGCAGCAGCUGCUCCACCCGGGGCCCCUCCCGGCGCCCCCCGGGCCGGACACGCCCGGUAGCGGCCUCCGCAGCCCCCUGACCCCACAGCCCCCAGGCACCCCCACCUCCGCCCCCGACGACGUCUUCCUCAAGCCCCAGGCUCCCCGGCCGCCCCCGGCCCCGUCCCGGGGUCCCGCCCUUGAGAGCCUGGCACCCCCGCAGGCCGCCCCGGCCGCGGCCCCGCACGUGUUUCCCGCGGGCCGACCCCCCCGGCCCCUCUCUCCCGGGGACCCGUACGUGAAGAUGGUUGGCACCCCCAGGCCGCCCCCCUCGGGCCCCGGCUUCCCCAGGAGGUCACCCGCAGCGCUCGGGGAGGGCUGCGGCCCCCUGCCCCCUGGCCCCAGGCCCUGCGCCUCCUCCCCGGCCAGCGCCGACCCCUACUCGAAGCCCCCGGACACGCCGAGACCCCAGAUGCCCGACCCCUUCCCCAAGCCCCCGGGCCUCCCCCGGCCCCCGGCCCUGCCGGAGCAGCCAUCCAGAGGGGCCCCGGCCGCCGGUGCCAGCGACCCGUUCACAAAGCCACCCCUGAGGGCCGACGUGUUCCAGCGACCGAGGGUCCCAGACCCGUACGCUCGGCCCCUGCUGACCCCGGGCCCCCUCGACGGCGGGCCCUUCAAGACCCCCAUGCAGCCCCCACCCUCCCCCCAGGACCCAUACGGGCCCAUGUCCCAGGCACCCAGGCGCUUGCCUCUGGACCCUUACGACAGGCCCCCCCUGACGCCCCGGCCUGUGGAUAACUUCGCUCACGCCCAGCCCGGUGACCCGUAUGGCCAGCCAGGCCUGCCGGACCCCCUAACUCACCCCCCGAGGCCCUUUGGCCAGCUCGGAGCCGUGGCACGGCCAGCAUCUCAGGACCCCUAUGCCCAGCCGCCAGGGACGCCCAGACCGGUGGUCGAGUCGUACUCACAGCCCUCAGGAACCCCUCGCCCCAACCCGGACCCUUACUCGCAGCCUCCCGGGACCCCCAGGCCCCCCGCCAUCGACCCCUAUAGCCAGCAGCCACCCACGCCACGGCCGCCGGCACAGGCAGAUCUGUUUGCCGCGUCUGCCGCCAGCGCGAGGCCUCCGGACCCGUAUGCUCAGCCCCCAGGGACACCGCGGCCUGGCCUUCCCGUCCCCUACCCGCAGCCACCAGCAGCGCCGAGGCCCCCCCGGGCCCCCGAGGGCUUUGCUCGGUCCGUGAUGGCGCGGCCAGGCCUCGUGCCCAGCCAGGACCCCUUCCUGCAGCCCGGCCCGUUGGCGCGGCCCCCCGAGGCCUUCCCUCAGCCCCCGCGGGCUCCCGGCCCCGGCCUCGCCGAUGCCUUCCCCCACGGCUCCCCCUCGGCGGCCCGAGACCCCUACGAGCAGCCGCCCAGGACGCCGCGACCUCAGCCCGACGCCUUCGGGCCAGCCCAGGUGCCUCACGACGCUGCCGACCAGCCGAGACCCGGGUCCGAGGGAAGCUUCGGGGCGCCUUCUGGCUCGCCCAUGAACCCUCAAGGCCAGCCGUUCCCCAGCGGCCCCCAGCUUCCCGGCCCUGCGCCCCCGCCCGCAGCCCCGGACACCCAGAGCACCGUGGACACGGAGAAGAUGAGACAGCGGCAGAAGCUGCGGGAGAUCAUUCUCCAGCAGCAGCAGCAGAAGAAGCUGGCCAGCCGGCAGGAGAAGGCGCAGAAGCCGCCCGCGCCAGCCCCGGCCCCUCUGCAACACUGGCAGCCUGACGGCGUCAGCCAAAACUUCAGCCGCCCGCCGCCCCCCUACCCCGGGAGCCUGCGGCCGCCCGCCGGCCCCUCGCUCGGGCCCAGAUACGCCGUCUUCCCCAAAGACGCGCGUGGCCCCUACCCACCCGACGUGGCUGGAAUGGGUGCGAGGCCACAUGGAUUCAGAUUUGGGUUUCCCGGAGGUGGCCACGGCGCCCUGCCGGGCCAGGAAGGCCUCCUGGUGCCUCCUCAGCCCGUGCCGGCCUCGGGCGUCCCCCCGCUGCUGCGGAGGUCCAUGUCGGUGGACAUGCCCCGGCCCUUGAGCAGCGCCCAGCUGGGCCCCCACUACCCCCAGCACCACGUCCUGGGCCAGGCCUUCAUUGAGCUGCGGCACCGCGCCCCGGAGGGCCGGCCCCGGCUGCCCGCGGCCACCGCACCCUCCGCGGCCCUGGAGGCGCCUCCGCACCCAAGACACGGAAGUUUCAUGCCCCGGACAGACUUCGCGGCCCCCAGACAGGCCGACCCUGUGCGACACGCCUCCCAAGGGCUGCCCGGGCAGCCCCCUGCCCACCCCGGGCUCGAGCCGCUGCCCCCACCCCAGCAGCCGCCCGGCCCCCUCGCCCCCGCCAGCUCCAUGGCCCCUCGGCCGCUGAGCCACCCUCUGGGGGCCGACUUCGCCGAGGCCGCGCUGCCCACCCCGCCGCCGGCCGAGCAGCCGGCCGGGAACCUGGAGAUGGGCCCCCCGCCGGCGGACAGCCUGGAGGAGAAACUGGACGCCGACGACCCGUCCGUGAAGGACCUGGACGUGAAGGACCUUGAGGGGGUGGAGGUCAAAGACCUGGACGACGACGACCUCGAGAACCUGAACCUCGACCCGGAGGACGGCAAGGGGGACGAGCUGGACACGCUGGGGACCCUGGAGGCCAACGACCCGCACCUGGACGACCUGCUGCGCUCCGGCGAGUUUGACAUCAUCGCCUACACGGACCCAGAGCUGGACCUGGGCGACAAGAAGGGCAUGUUCAGCGCGGAGCUGGACCUGCACGUGCCGCUCGACGACAAGCUGGAGAACCCGUGUGCGUCCGCCGAGCCCCCCAAAAAGGAGCCGGAGGACAAGGCCGCGCUCCCCACUGGGCCGUGCUCCCCCUGGAGGAAGCCUGCGGCCCCCGGCGAGAUCAAAGCGGAAGCGCCCUCCCCGGCGCCCAAGGCGGAGGGCCGGGGCGACCCCGAGCAGAUCGAGGAGGGCAAGGGCGGUGCCGGCACGCCCUGCUCCCAGGCCUCGGCGCACACGGACGCCCCCGAGGGCGAGAAGGAGGCCUCCCCGCCCCGGGACCCGGAGCGGCCGGAGAGCAGGACUGACGGGGAGGCUCCGGGUGCCAGUGGCAGCGCGGGGCCCGGGGGCAGCCCACCGGCCCCCGACGGCACACUCGGCCCCCGAGGCCUCCCAGGCGCCACCCCGGUGCUGUCCAGCCUGCUCGCCGCGGGGGAGAAGUCGGACCCGGCCGACAGCAGGCCCUCCCCGCCGGCCCCCAUGCCGGCCUCCCCCGCCGACCCCGCCCCACCGCCCGUGCCGCCGCCGGGCCUGGCUCUGGACGGCGCCGGCAGCUGCGCUGUGAGCGGGGCCUCGCGGCUCAAGCACGCCUUCCCACCCGCCGUGCCCGCCUCCCCCGGCUUCCUGCCCGGGCCCGCGCCCGCUGCCCACGGAUUCGGGCCGGGAAAGCCCCCCGGCCAGGUGGUGCCCCCGCCGCUGAUGGCCCCGCAGAGCCGGGAGCGGCCCCUGCUGCUGGAGGAGCAGCCGCUGCUCCUGCAGGACCUGCUGGACCAGGAGCGGCAGGAGCAGCAGCAGCAGCGGCAGAUGCAGGCCAUGAUCCGCCAGCAGCGCGCCGAGCCCUUCUUCCCUGGCGUAGAUUUCGAUGCGAUCACAGACCCGAUCAUGAAGGCCAAGAUGGUGGCUCUGAAGGGCAUCAACAAGGUCAUGGCCCAGAGCAACAUGGGCAUGUCAGCCAUAGCGAUGACCAGGUUCCCCUUCAUGGGCCAGACAGUCCCGGGGGCCCCGAGCGGCGACGGCCAGACCCUCCUGCCACAGGCCAUCACUCAGGAUGGCAGUAUAACACAUCAGAUUUCUAGGCCUAAUCCUCCAAAUUUUGGUCCAGGCUUUGUCAAUGACGCCCAGCGCCAGCAGUACGAGGAGUGGCUCCAGGAGACGCAGCAGCUGCUGCAGAUGCAGCAGAAGUACCUGGAGGAGCAGAUCGGCGCCCACCGCAAGUCCAAGAAGGCGCUGUCCGCCAAGCAGCGCACCGCCAAGAAGGCGGGCCGCGAGUUCCCCGAGGAGGACGCCGAGCAGCUGAAGCACGUCACAGAGCAGCAGAGCAUGGUCCAGAAGCAGCUGGAGCAGAUCCGCAAGCAGCAGAAGGAGCACGCGGAGCUGAUGGAGGACUACCGCCUGAAGCAGCAGCAGCACUGCGGCCCGGCCCGCGCCCAGCCCGGCUUCCCCAUGGGGCCACACCCCCCGCCCGGCCACGGCGGCCCCGCCAGGAUGCCCGGCCUGCCCGGCUGGCAGCCGGCCCCCACCCCGGCGCACCUGCCCCUCGCGCCCCCUCGCCUGCCAGCCCCCGGGGCACCCCCGAGCGGGCCACCGCCCCGAGUGGAGUUUGACGACAACAACCCGUUCAGCGAGAGCUUCCAGGAGCGCGAGCGCCAGGAGCGGCUGCGGGAGCAGCAGGAACGGCAGCGCGCACGGCUGGUGCAGGAGGCGGAGCGGCAGCAGGCGCGGCAGCAGCGGCUGGAGCUGGCCGCCCGCCCGCCCGCACCCCCCGGCCCCUUCUGCAACUUCCUGCAGCCCCCGCGGGCCCUGCCGCCAUCCCCUCAGCACCCGCCGCCACCGCCAAGCCUGCAGGGGCCCCUGGGCUCGCCCCCAGCCCCCGCCUUCCUGCCGGCCGCCGAGCGCCGGCCCGUGGGCCCCCCGGCCUUCGUCCCCGACGCGCCAGCCGUGCCCGGCGGGAGCCCCUCCUUCCACCCCGGGCGGCCGGCCCACGGCUACCCGCAGUGCCCGCCGCUGCCCGCCGCCCUGCCUGCCACCCCGCCCGUCACCGGCGCCCCCUGCGGCCAGGACCCCGCGGCCGGCCACGCCCAUGGCUACCCGGGCUCUGCGCAGGCGCUCCUCCAGCUGUACGCGGACAUCAUCCCUGAGGAGAAGGGCAGGAAGAAGCGGACGCGCAAGAAGAGGAAGGACGAGGACGCGGAGCCCGCCAGGGGCCCCCCUACGCCGCACUCGGACACCACGGCCCCGCCCACCCCGGGCCCCUCGGAGGCCGCCUCCACACCCACCCUGAGCACGCCCGGCGAGCCGCCCCCCCUGCCCGGGGACCCCGAGGCCGGGGACGCGGACACGGACAGUAAACCGGCCAGCGCCGACCUCCUGCCCGGCCCCCCCGACCAGCUGCCGCUCCCCGGCCCUGAGGCGGGAGCCCCGGCCCGGGAGGUCCCCGCCGCCCCCGAGGACGAGGUGAAGGCGGAGAGCACCGAGCAGGAGCAGAGCCCUGGCCCCAGUGGGCCCAAAGCCGAAGAACUGGGGGACGCGGCCUCGGGCGAGCCCACCCCCUCGGGCCCCAGCCCGGCCCCCGCCGCCAGCAACGAGCUGCUGAAACACCUGCUGAAGAACAAGAAGGCGGCACUGAGCGGCAGGAGGCCCGCUGACCCGCAGGCCCCGGCCGAAGGCCCGCCGACUCUGGGGGCGCCGCUGCACGCCGGUCUGGGAUGUGGCGGCAGCCAGGUGCCACAGACAGACGGUGGAUGCGAGAGCAGGAAACAGCGGAGCAAGCGCGCCCAGAGGACCGGGGAGAAGGCGGCGCCCCGCUCCAAGAGACGGAAAAAGGAGGAGGAGGAGAAGCAGGCCGUGUACCCCGGCCCCGGCAGCUUCGCCCACUUGAAACAGCAGCUCUCUCUGCUCCCCCUGACGGAGCCCGUGAUCGGAGUGAACUUUGCGCACUUUCUCCCCUAUGGCAGUGGCCAGUUCCCCCGCGGCUCCCGGCUCCUCGGGGCUUUCGGCAGCGGCACCCUUGAUGGGGUCUCCGAUUACUAUGCCCACUUGGUCCACAAGCAGAAUAAUUUAAGUAAUCCUCCAACACCCCCUGCCUCUCUUCCUCCUACACCACCUCCUCUGGCCUGUCAGAAGAUGGCAAACGGCUUUGCGACGACUGAAGAGCUUGCUGGGAAAGCCAGUGUGCUCGCCAGCCACGAAGUGACCAAAAGCCUCGGCCCUAAGCCCUUCCUGCAGCCGUUCAGGCCCCACGAGGACCUGCUGGCUAGAGCCAUGGCCCAGGGCCCGAAGACGGUCGAUGUCCCGGCCUCGCUCCCGACCCCGCCGCACAACAACCAGGAGGAGUUGAGGCUGCACGACCACGGCGGCGAGCGGGACAGCCCCGACAGCUUCGUCCCCUCCUCGUCCCCCGAGAGCGUCGUGGGCGCGGAGCUGAGCCGGUUCCCCGACCUGUCCCUGGUGAAGCAGGAGCCGGGGGAGCCCGUGCCCUCGCCCAUCAUCCCCCUGCUCCCCAGCAGCGCUGCCAGAGACGCCAGGAGGGACGCCAUCAAGGCCGAGCCGGGCACGUUCUUUUUCACGCCGCCAUUCGGUGCUCCCACAAACGGCCCCAGGUCGGGGCUGAUUUCUGUAGCAAUCACCCUGCAUCCUACAGCUGCUGAGAACAUUAGCAGUGUUGUGGCUGCAUUUUCCGAUCUCCUCCACGUCCGCAUCCCCCACAGCUACGAGGUUAGUAGUGCUCCAGAUGUUCCAUCCGUGGGUUUGGUCAGUAGCCACAGAGUAAACCCAGGUAUGGAGUAUCGACAGCAUUUAUUUCUUCGUGGGCCUCCACCAGGACCUGCACACCCUCCCCGGCUAGCGAGCUCUUUCCGGCUGAAGCCGCCUAGUGGCUCGCUGCCUCCAGCCAGCAACGGGCUUCCCGCCUGCAAGGACUCGAUGGCCAGCGCCCCGGACAGCGCGGGCCCCCGGCCCCAGUGGUGCUGCCACUGCAGAGUGGUCAUCCUCGGGAGCGGGGUGCGCAAGUCCCCCCGGGACCUGACCUUCCUGAGCAAGGAGUCUCGGGAAGGCGCCGGCCGGGUGGAGAAGGACGCUGUCUUCUGCAGUAACAACUGUUUCCUUCUCUAUUCCUCAACCGCACACGCGCAGGGCUCAGAGAGCAAGGCCGGCAGCCCUCUGCUCCCGCCGUCACCGCUGCGGGAAGCCCCGGCCCGGUCGUGCCACCACUACAGCACCAACGUCUCGGCCCUGGACGUGCGCUGCCUCCCCCGGCUGCAGGACAGCGCCUCGCCGCCCGCCUCGCCGCCCCUCGCCUUCCCCCCCGCGCUGCAGGCGGCCCGCGUGGAGGCCAAGCCCGACGAGCUGAAGGUCACCGUGAAGCUGAAGCCCCGGCUGCGCGCCGUGCCCGGCCCCGAGGAUUGCCGGCCGCUGAGCAAGAAGUGGCGCGGCAUGAAGUGGAAGAAGUGGAGCCUGCACAUCGUCAUCCCCAAGGGCUCCUUCACGCCGCCCGGCGAGGAGGAGAUCGACGAGUUCCUGCAGCGGCUGGGCGCCUCGCUCAAGCCUGACCCCGCGCCCCGGGACCACCGCAAGUGCUGCUUCUGCCACGAGGAGGGCGACGGGCUGACGGACGGGCCCGCACGGCUGCUCAACCUGGACCUGGACCUGUGGGUGCACCUCAACUGCGCGCUCUGGUCCACUGAGGUGUACGAGACGCAGGCGGGCGCCCUCAUCAACGUGGAGCUGGCUCUGCGGCGCGGGCUGCAGAUGAAGUGCGUGUGCUGCCACCGCACGGGCGCCACCAGCGGCUGCCACCGCUUCCGCUGCGCCAACGUCUACCACUUCACCUGCGCGCUCCGGGCCCAGUGCAUGUUCUUCAAGGACAAGACGAUGCUGUGCCCGGCGCACCGGCCCAAGGGCGUGCACGAGCAGGAGCUGAGCUACUUCGCCGUCUUCCGGCGCGUGUACGUGCAGCGCGACGAGGUGCGGCAGAUCGCCAGCGUGGUGCAGCGCGGCGAGCGCGAGCACACCUUCCGCGUGGGCAGCCUCAUCUUCCACGCCAUCGGGCAGCUGCUGCCGCAGCACAUGGCGGCCUUCCACUCGCCCAAGGCGCUCUUCCCCGUGGGCUACGAGGCCAGCCGCCUCUACUGGAGCACGCGCCAUGCACACCGCCGCUGCCGCUACCUCUGCUCCAUCGAGGAGAAGGACGGCCGGCCCGUGUUCGUCAUCCGCGUGCUGGAGCAGGGCCACGAGGACCUGGUGCUCAGCGACAGCUCGCCCAAAGGUGUCUGGGACAAGAUUCUGGAGCCCGUGGCGUCCGUGCGGAAGCACUCGGAGAUGCUGCAGCUGUUUCCCGCCUACCUCAAAGGGGAAGACCUCUUCGGCCUGACUGUGUCCGCGGUGGCCCGGAUCGCUGAGUCGCUGCCGGGGGUGGAGGCCUGUGAGAACUACACCUUCCGCUACGGCCGGAACCCGCUCAUGGAGCUGCCGCUGGCCGUGAACCCCACGGGCUGCGCCCGCUCGGAGCCCAAGAUGAGCGCCCACGUCAAGAGGUUCGUGUUAAGGCCGCACACGCUCAACAGCACCAGUGCCUCCAAGUCCUUCCAGAGCACCGUGACCGGGGAGCUGAGCGCGCCCUACAGCAAGCAGUUCGUGCACUCCAAGUCCUCGCAGUACCGGAAGAUGAAGACCGAGUGGAAGUCGAACGUGUACCUCGCCCGCUCUCGCAUCCAGGGCCUGGGCCUCUAUGCGGCCCGGGACAUCGAGAAGCACACGAUGGUCAUCGAGUACAUCGGGACCAUCAUCCGCAACGAGGUGGCCAACCGGAAGGAGAAGCUGUACGAGUCCCAGAACCGGGGCGUGUACAUGUUCCGCAUGGACAACGACCACGUGAUCGACGCCACCCUCACCGGGGGGCCUGCCAGGUACAUCAACCACUCGUGCGCGCCCAACUGCGUGGCGGAGGUGGUGACCUUCGAGAGAGGCCACAAGAUCAUCAUCAGCUCCAACCGCAGGAUCCAGAAAGGAGAGGAGCUCUGCUACGACUACAAGUUCGACUUCGAGGACGACCAGCACAAGAUCCCGUGCCACUGCGGCGCCGUGAACUGCCGCAAGUGGAUGAACUGAGCCCGGCCCCGCAGUCUCGGCCCGGAGGGCUGGUUUUCUGCUGCAGAACUUUUUGGAAACGAGCUUCCGGAGCUCUGGUUCCCUCGGCCCGCGCCUUCCCGCCGACGGCCGUGGCCCCGCGUCCUGUGGCCGGGCGCGCCCAGGACGGUCCAGCACUUUUUGUUUCUUUUUCUUUCUUUGGUCUUUUGUGGGUGGGUUUCGUUUGUCUGUCUUGGGUCUCACUGAGGAGAAACUGAUACUGGGGCACAGAGCCGACGGCUGCCCUGCCCGGCGGGGCCUUCCUAUGAAUGUAAGACUGAGAUCACCAGCGGAGGGGACGUCCCAGAGCUGGCCACGGCCUCGAGACGGUUGGACUCGCGUAGACGCCACUGAAGCAGGAAUGUACGGACGCCCCUCGGGGCGGGGGCUGAGGGAUGGUAACUUGCACUAAACACACUUAAAUACUUGAUUCCAUGAGUCAGUUUAUUGUAGUUUUUGAUUUCUGUAAAAUAAGAGAAACUUUUUGUAUUUAUUAUUGAAUAAGUGAAUGAAGCUAUUUUUAAAUAAAAGUUAGAAGAAAGCCAAGCUGCUGCUGUUACCUGCAGAACUAACAAACCCUGUUACUUUGUACAAAUGUAAAUAUUUUGAGAAAAAGAAUUACAGUAUAAAGAUAGUUAUUGACCAAAUGCUACCAGGCCCUGCAGCAGCUCGGGUGCUUAUAAAAUGUUCAUAGGGAUGUUACAAUAUAAUUUUGUGUUCCUAAAUAUGCCAUUAUAAUUAUGUAAUAACCAAAUUUUCGACCUAGGGUGUUUGGGACUUUUUGGGACGGAAGGUUUCUUAGUACUUGGCUGUUUUAUACACCUUCCUUCCGCCGGGACGAAGCGUGUGCUCUGACUACCACUUUUAUAGCUGUUUUGGUAAUUUAAACUAAUUUUUUCAUAUUAUAUUGUUGCAUCCCUACUUCUUCAGUCAGGUUUUUUGUGCUUACAAUUUGUGAUAACUGUGAAUAACUGCUUACAAAUACACCCAAAUGGAGGCUGAAUUUUUCUUCAGCGAGAGUAGUUUUGAUUAGGACUUCGUUUCGCCACCGAGAAUCAUGUAAACACACAGGACGGCGCGGGGCUCAGGCCUCCCCCCCGCGCGGGCCUCGGCGGGCUGGGGCGGCCGCGCGCGGCCCAGGGUCUGGGGACGAUGUGAUUUUAAACGUGUUUGUAUGAACUGUUUGUUUACAUUUCUUUAAUAAAAGAACACACUGUUUUGUGUUUGCUCGUAGAAAUUUAAUCCACAUUUGGAACCAGUUUAGCUUUUGAUUUCGUACUUACAAUUCCGGUACUGACUUUCCGGGCCCAGCAGGGGGGGGUUUCAGCACGCGGUCCCAGGGGGCCGAGAGCUGAGGCGGCCCAGUCGCGGGUUCUGAACCUGUAAUGUACAUGGCAUGAUGUAUUUUUAUCGGACAGAAUAAAUCAAUUGUAUAUAUUUUUCUCUUGAUAAAUAGCUGUAUGAGAUUUGUUUCUUGAAUAUUUUUCUUCUCUUGUACAAUAUUCUACAUCCUGCCAGUAUUCGUCCCCCUGGGUCUCUGGUUCGUUCUGUUUUCUGUUCUGUACCAUAGUAUCUAAUGUUGGCAAAAUUGAAUUUUUUGAAGUAUACAGAGUGUUAUGGGUUUUGGAAUUUGUGGACACAGAUUUAGAAGAUCACCAUUUACAAAUAAAAUAUUUUACAUCU